AUGCACGAAAAAUCAUCAGAACGGCCGACUGCCGAAGAGGUUUAUAAAACGGUUCAAGAGUGGAAAGAAAUUCUUAAGAAGGAAGAAAAAGAAUUAAAAGAUGAAAAACUUGAAAUAAAGUUAGAAUUUUUAUUUGCUGACAAAAUUUAUUCAGCAUCGUCAACAACUUCGCAAGAACAUAUUUCAUCAACACAUUUGCAACAUAAUUCUUAUGAGCUAGAAACUAAUCUUAGCUG